AUGAGAGUGUCACUUUUGCUUCUGCUGCUGCUGUGCACUUUCAGCCAUGCAGCGAACACUCUGGUGAGAGAGUAUUUCAUUGCUGCUGUUGAAAUUGGCUGGGACUAUGCCAGUGUGGGAGAUGCUGACGCAACAUCUGACCAAAGGUUGUUGUCCAAAGAUAAGGCUCACAAAUACAUUAAGGCAGUUUACAGGGAGUACACAGAUGCUUCAUACACUGUCCUCAAACCAAGACCUCCUUGGACAGGUAUUCAAGGUCCAGUGAUUGUGACUCAGCCCCUUGAAAGGGUUAUUAUACACUUCAAAAACAUGGCAUCACAGCCUUACAGCAUCAGCCCAGUUGGUAUAACAUACUGGAAGCAGUCUGAAGGAGCUGGCUACGACGACUCCACAGGAGGCAAAGAGAAGGAGGAUGACGCAGUCUUUCCGGGAAGAUACCACAAGUACGUGUGGGACAUCAGCGCCGCUGACGGACCCACGAUAGAUGACCCAGAGUGUCUUACCUACUCCUAUUCAUCCCAAGUGGACCCGGUUCGAGACAUCAACUCUGGGCUUAUUGGUGCCCUGCUCAUCUGCCAGUCAAGUGCAUUUAUUGAGAACAAGCAGAGGAGAAAUACUGCAUUUGUGCUACUCUUUGCUGUGUUUGACGAGAGCAAGAGCUGGUAUGGGGAGAUGGAAGAGAGGAGCAUAGGAAACAUCCAGAGGAGCAACAGCAGGAAAAAAUAUCACACCAUCAAUGGCUAUAGCAACUCCACUUUGCCUGGCUUAACAAUGUGCCAAAAACGUGUGAUUUGGCACAUAAUUGGUAUCGGCAGUGCCCCAGAAAUACACUCUAUACAGUUCCAGGAUCACACUCUGAAGGUGAUGAAACAUCGUAAAGUGUCUAUGGAGGUGACCCCCAUGACGUUUGCCACUGCGGAAAUGAAGCCUGGCACAGUAGGCCGCUUCCUCAUCAGCUGCAAGAUAAAUGCACACCGCCAGGAUGGAAUGAGCGCCAUGUUCAAGGUGGAGAGCUGCCCAGGUCCUGACCUUCGCAAUGUUCAAGAGGACAUCUAUGAUGAGUACGGCGAAGACUACUUCAACGCCGUUGAUUUUCAGCCUUUGAGUCCACGAGCACUGGGGAGAUCCAGUAGUGGACAGCAGCCAAGAAUUUGGAAACGUUACAUCGCUGCUGAGGAGUUGAUGUGGGACUAUGCACCUCAUCUCACUGCCAAAAACAGAGACAAGCCUGAGACCCCUCUUCACGGCAACUACAAGUAUAAAAAGGUGGCUUAUGUGGAAUAUACAGACAGAUCUUUCACUAAGAGGAAAAACACGGACAGGACACUAAUGGGUCCGAUCCUGAAAGGAAAUGUCAAUGAUCGGUUCCAUAUCACAUUCAAAAAUAUGGCCAGUCAUCCUUUUAAUAUCUACCCUAAUGACCUCACCAAAGUCUAUCCGCUACAGCAAUCCACAAAUGAUGCAGAAAAUGACUUGCGCUCAAUGGAGGUGCCUCCGAAUGGGACGUUUGUCUAUGUCUGGGAAAUAACGCCUGAUGACGGGCCCAUGGAGAAGGACCCGGUAUGUCUGUCACUUCUUUACCAGAGCACCGUAUCCCCAGAGAGAGACCUGGCCUCUGGGUUAGUGGGCACUUUGCUAAUCUGCAAGGCUGACACCAUCAACAAAAGAGGAGGCCUGAAGUCCACUGAUUUUGAAUGUAGGCUGAUGUUUGCUGUAUUUGAUGAGAAUAGAAGUUGGUAUGCAGAAGAAAACAUUUACCAACACCAGAACCUAUCUCAAAGCACAAAUCCUGAUUUCUACGACUCCAACGUCAUUUACAGUAUAAAUGGCAUCAUAUACAAAGAGCACCAAAAUGCGUGUCCCAAAAUGUGUAAGACAGAAGUUAUCUACUGGCUUGUGGCCAAUGUGGGUACCAGAAGCAAUUUUCUGUCUGUUUACUUCACUGGAAACCUUUUCAAAUAUAACGACCUGCAUCAGUCUGUCCUCACCCUCUUUCCAAUGAUGAGCAUGGCCAUUUCCAUGGAAAUGGACAUACUAGGUGAGUGGGAAAUUAGUGCCUUCGAUGGCAGCCUCAAGAGUCGGGGUAUGAGCACUAGUUACACUGUUUGUCCCUGCGGCUUCGGAAACCCAUAUGUGGACCAAGAUGAGGACAUUGACGGUCUCGCUGACUGUGUGGGCCUACUGCCAAAGAGCAAGAGACCUCAUAAUAAGAAAAAUAUGGUUUGGGUGUGCAAGAAUAAUACUGAGAGUCAAUAUGACACUGGUGACAAUAUUGAGUGGACUGUGAAAGGAGACCAAAUCUGCCAAAUGAGAAGACUGACUGUAGAGUCUUUGGAUGGAGAAAAUUCAACCAGUGAACUUGAGGGAGGAAUCCCACUGGAUGUCUUGAAUGAAUUAGAGAGAAAUGGGGAGUGGAUAGAGGAUGUGAACGGGACAGAACAUAACAGAAAUGGUAGACAGAGAAGAUGGGUGGAAGGAAACGGGACACAAGGACACUUUAGCUCUGCAGGACCUGGAAAUGACAAACUAAAAGGGCAGUUUGGAGAAAAGACCCCAAAAAACGGGACAGACACCAGUGUUGAGAAGAAGACUGACCAAAAGAAUGUGAUGCCACUUGAAAUAAAUGCGACGAGGGUAGAAAGCAACGAGAUCAUACCCGACAGAAAUCCAAGCUUUAAGGAGAAGCUUUUAAGUGAAAGCGAUUCACUGGAAAUGGACAAAAACUUCAGGGAAAGCCAUAUUUCGAAUGAUUCUGAGGACCAAACAGUUGAUUCCCCACGGAUUGUUUAUAAUUCUACGGGAGCAAACAAUACAACAGGAAUUAAUCUGUCUGUGGAUUACGAUGACUACAGCCAAACAGAAGAAAGCUCAUCGGAUGAAAUUAUUUCACAGAAAAUUGACGUGCGCUCCAGUAAAACAAUGUACCGCAAAUAUUACAUCGCUGCAGUGGAGAUCAACUGGGACUAUGGCAUCAAAAAAGCUCCUGGUAUUAUCACACCAGGGGAAAAGCGUCGUGGAAUGAGGAAGUUCCUGCAAGAAUACAAGAAGGUGGUGUUUCGGGAAUACACAAACGAAAACUUCCUGGAACGUGCUCAUAGAGGAGAGCUUCACGAACACCUGGGAAUUAUGGGACCCUUCAUCAAAGCAGAAGUCAACGAGCUCCUUACUGUCGUGUUCAAGAACAAGGCAUCCAGGCCCUACUCGUUUCACCUUCAGGGAGUUUAUGAUCGUACUCAGGGAGUUGGCAUUGCACAAAGCUAUGCCCAGUCCCCACCAGCUGGAGUUCCAGGAGAGCCUGUUCCACCUGGAGAGACACGCGUUUAUAACUGGAAAAUCACAACGACACAAGGUCCCACUGAUGCAGAGUUCAAAUGCAAGGCUGGAGCAUACUACUCAACUGUGGACAAGGAGAGGGACCUUCACUCAGGCCUGAUUGGUCCACUGCUCGUGUGUAAAAAUGGCACUCUGCCGAACUCUGAGGAUUUAGGACCAGAGGUCCAGGAUUACAGCCUUCUGUUCCACACAUUUGAUGAGACCAAAAGCUGGUAUUUGGAGGAGAACCUGAAGAAGCAUUGUGUCCAUCCCUGUCAGGUCAACCAGGCUGACACAUGGUAUAAGAUAAGCAAUAGGUUUUCAGCAAUAAAUGGCUAUGUGGCAGAGACACUUCCUGGUCUGAUAGUUGCACAGUACCAGCAAGUCCGGUGGCACCUGCUGAAUGUGGGAAGUGAUGCAGAGUAUCACGCUGUGCACUUCCAUGGUUUGCCUUUUACCCUCCCUGGGCAGAAGCACCGCACGGGCAUUUACAACUUAUUCCCUGGUGUGUUCGGCACCAUAGAGAUGAGCCCCUCCACACUUGGCACGUGGCUGGUUGAGUGCACCGUCGGGGACUACCAGCUGGCUGGAAUGAGGGCUAAGCUGUUGGUCUAUGAUCGAGAUUGCGCUUUGCCUCUGGGAAUGAAAUCCGGAAACAUUAAGGAUUCACAGAUCACGGCUUCAGAUCACAGAGGUACAUGGGAGCCCCACCUUGCGAGGCUGGAUCAGUCUGGUUAUAUCAAUGCUUGGAAGGGUACAAGUACAUCUUCUUGGAUACAGGUGGACUUGCAGAAGCCGACCCUGCUGCAUGGCAUUCAGACGCAGGGCGUAAGGUCAAACCUGAAGGCAAACUUUAUCAUAAUGUUUAAAAUUUCCUACAGCCUGGAUCAGAAGACGUGGAUCAUCUACCAGGGAAACAAGACAACUCAGCCCCAUAAGUUUGAUGGAAACACGGACAACUUCAGCGUGAAGGAUAACCGCUUCUUGCCUCCAUUUGUGGCUCGUUAUGUCAGGGUUCAGCCUGAAAGCUAUACUGAGAGUCCUGCACUGCGAAUGGAGCUCCUGGGCUGUGAUCUCAACAGCUGCUCAAAUCCACUUGGAGUCGAAAGUGGACUGAUUGAAAACAUCACUGCCUCCUCUUAUCGUUCAUCACUUCUGCGAAAGUGGAGCCCCACCCUUGCCCGCCUCCAUCAGACGGGAAGGACCAAUGCCUGGAGGCCCAAGGAGAACAACCCUCACCAGUGGCUGGAAGUGGACCUGAUCACAGUCAAGCGCAUCACAGGUGUCAUUACCCAGGGAGCGAGAUAUUUCGGGACACCAAUGAUGGUCACCGAGUUCUCAGUGACUGUCAGUUUGGAUCGCCGCUCAUGGAGCAGUGUGUUGGAGAAGGACUCGUACAGGGAACUGAUUUUUGCAGGUAACAACGAGCCAGAUGAGGAAGCCCUCACUGUUUUUGAGCCAGCUCUUUUCGGCCGCUUCCUUCGCAUACACCCUCGCGGUUGGACCAAUGAAAUCGCUCUGCGCCUGGAGGUGCUGGGCUGCGAUACACAGCAGGAUCUCUAA